AUGCGCAAUUUAAAUCUGGGUAUUGACUUGGUCGCUGGCGGCAAGAGCAAGAAGACGAAGAGAACUGCUCCCAAGUCUGAUGAUAUAUAUCUCAAGCUCCUUGUCAAGCUUUACCGCUUUCUGGUAAGAAGGACUGGCAGCAAAUUCAAUGCGGUGAUCUUGAAGCGGCUAUUUAUGAGCAAAACCAACAAGCCUCCUUUAUCUCUUUCUAGAUUGAUUCAAUUCAUGAAGGGCAAGGAGGAUAAGAUUGCUGUGGUAGUCGGGGCUGUCACCGAUGACAUUCGUGUGUAUGAAGUUCCUGCGCUGAAGGUUACUGCGUUAAGGUUCACUGAAACGGCCAGGGCAAGGAUUGAGAAAGCUGGUGGGGAAUGUUUAACUUUUGACCAACUUGCUCUUCGAGCACCUCUUGGACAGAACACGGUUCUCCUCCGAGGUCCAAAGAAUGCUCGUGAGGCAGUGAAGCACUUCGGACCAGCUCCUGGCGUGCCACACAGCCACACCAAGCCCUAUGUGCGGGCAAAGGGAAGGAAAUUUGAGAGGGCUAGAGGAAGAAGGAACAGCAAAGGCUUCAGGGUUUGA